UAUUUCUAUUGUACCAAACCGGCUGCUACUUUUUUGUAACGUGAGGAUGGGGUUAGGGGUAUCGACAGAGGACAGGGAGAGGUACAAAGCUGCCAUUGGGGCUCACCUUUACGCUGCCAUGCAAAAAGCAGGGGGCCUGCCGGACGUGGGCAUUGACCAGGCUCUGCUGGACAACGCUGACCUCCGACCACCGGUGGCACUGCAGGAUUCCUUCAAGCAGCUCAGGAAGCACGUGGAUGCCAAGGGUCCAGGUUACCUAAAGGAGCUGAUGGCCAAGCUGGUCGUUUUCACCGAGGAGCCCCAGCUGAUGGGUCUGCUGACCCUGGUGAUCUCCAUGGUGAUGGAGACAGCCUACGCCUCCUCCCGCAGGCCCCCGCCGGGUAUGCUGGUGAAUGGGAAGGUGUCUGAACUGCGGGGCCUGAUUGAGGAGUACCUGAAAAGGUGCCGGAUGCACGAAUCUGAGGAGGCGGAGCUGCGGGAGGACACGCGGCGGCUGGAGGCGCAGCUGAGCUACCAGCUGACGCAGAUCAAAGGCGCUAUACUCGGCGAGGGCCCCGCCAGCUCCUGGGCGCUCAAGCACUGGGUCAACGGCGCCGUGCUCCACGCACAGAUGCUGGUGCAGCUGGCACGGAUGGAUGGGCGCGGCAGCGGGCCGGCGCGCGCCGCACUGGCCGGGUACCGCAGUGACCUGCGAGAGCUGCUGUCCGCGUACCGCCGGCACAAAGCCGCCACCGUGUAUGUCUCAAAGUGCAGGGGGGGGCCAACAGAUGACACCCUUGGUGACGCCGGGACCGUGACGGGAUACUGCAUCUCUGACAAGGAACUGGGCGUGUCCGCCGACGUGCCACUGCCGGACGGCGGGCUCCCGGUCGGGGCGUGCGUCAGCACCGACUCCUGUGCCGAGGCCUACCUGGACCACAUAUUCUCCCACCACCCCCCAAUCGCUGGCAUGGAGCGCUACUUCUCCGAAACUAUCAACAGCCUUCUGGAUCCCACAGGGACCGACGUCCCACCUCCUGCUACCAGCGGCCAAUCGGGAUAGACUAGCGCUCGAGUGACCUUUAGGUUCACGACCAAUAAAACGGUGCCAAUGAAGUAAUGAAAUUAAUCAGACUCAGUGAUCUGUCGUUGGGAUGAGCUCAUAAGCUCUCUGAGUAGGUGGGCUCACAUGACGACAGGAGACUAUGCCCGGUGAAGCCGAACGCUUUACGCUAAAUAUUUACAAGGCGUCUGACUUGUCUGUAGAUUCAGCUCAUGAUUUAAGUUAAACUAAAAAUUAAUGAAUUUAGGUGGUUGCAUAAGUAGAAAUGGAAAAAUACCAGAUUCUUUAAUGGCAAGCCAGGUGUAAAAAUUUCCUCUUAAUAUACUUGAUAGAAAUGCAGAAGUGUCUGACUGAAAAAGAGGAACAGUAUUUAACUUUGGAACUGGGGGAGUGUAUCUCUGAGCUCCUAGUCUCCUUCCAGGACAGAAGCCCAUCCGCCUGUCCGUGGUGUAACACGGCGCCAGUCUCUCUGUAGUGAUCCUCGAUAAGCCCCACCUCCCUCAUUUGCACAUGGAGAGACAGCCAAUCAGCCGCUCUGCAGUGUGCCAAGGUUGUUACCGCCAUUUUGUUCCAAUCACAGUAAUGUUUCCAUUGCAGACAGUCAGAUUGGCCAUCUCUGUUUUUUCAUGUUCAUUAAACACUCCUGGUUGCCGCUUGUCACAUUAUCGAGGAGACUAGGUGCCUCGAUCUACGUGUGAAUCCACUAAUAUUUAUUCACCUCCCCAAAUACACCACAUGAAAUCUUCUACAUAAUUGGCAUUACAGGAGUAUGGGUUGCACAAUGGCCAUUUGCCAGGCUUGACCACGUGUUAAACGGUUUACGGACUGUACAAUUAUGUACCAAGCAUGUCUUUAUAAUGAAGAUAUUCAUAAUAAUGAUUGAUCCGUAAGUUGGGCAAAGGGCACCCAGGGAGUUGGGGGUUAAGGACCCGUGUUGAGGCUGGGUUUGAACUAGUGACCUUCUGAUUACAGGCACACAGGGUUAGUCCACUGAGCCUCUGAAUGCUUGCAAAUAAAAAUCAAACUACACUGA